GAUUCUUGUUUCGUGUUCUUCGCCUUCGGCUUCCCCCUCCCUCUCAGAUCGAUAAUAAAUAAAGUCCAUAAAAAGUUAAAAACAGAACAAAAUAGCAAAACAAAAUAACAAAUGGCAGCAAGUACUGCAACUGCACCACAAUUUUUCAACCUCACUCACUCUCUUCCACCUUCUUCCAAGUUUCUCCAUUUCACUAAUGUUCCUUCUUCUCUUCAACAUCCCUUUCCUUCUGGAAUCUUCUACAAGCAUCGUUCACAUCAAUUACUAAUCUGCAAUUGCAAUAGCAAGUUGAAUAACUCGAGUGGAGGAGAACAAUAUGAGUUGGAUGAAGGACUUUUCGGUGGGUAUGAUGGGGUUGAUGACGAGAGUGAUGAGGAUGAUGCAGAGAGCAGCCUCGAUUUGUUUAUCAGAUUCUUUCAAAGCAUGUUCAGGAAAUUCUCUAAGCGUGCCAAGAAGGCCUCUCGCUCCGUUUUGCCAUCAGUGAUUUCGCCUCAGCUUGUGGGACCAAGAGAAAAUAUGAGAGAGAAAUCAUUCAAAGGUUUCUUUUGCAGUGGAUGGGACUCUGCUACUUGCUUCACUUUCCAUAGCCAAAGCACUUCUUGAGGUCUUCUGCACACUUGGAGGCACUGUAUUUGCUGCAAUUCUGCUUCUGCGUGUGAUUUGGGCAGCAGUUUCUUACUUCCAGUCAAGUGGAAAUAGCUUCAAUCAGGGUGGGAGUUCCUUUGGUGCUGUAGCCUAGACGGCUCUUCAUAUUUUACAAAAUUUUUCUGUGUUAAUUUUUAGGUAAUAGACUAACAGUAAUAUAUGAAGGGAAAUUUUUCUUCAGCUACAUAUUGUAUAUGAGAAAGUAUGUAGUCAUCAUUCGUGCUAGUGUUUGUUCACUUGAAACAUGUGAUAUUGAUAUUUUGAUAGGUGAAUGGAUCAUAUCACUACUUAUUCCA